UGUAUCUCGAGGAACGAUUAAAACUGGUACGAGCGCGUGUAAUCACAAGUAUGAAUGAGAGAGACAUUAAUAUUGGUUGAACAAAAUCAUCAAACGGGUGUUUAAUAGCUUGUCUACAAACAAUCGAAACAAUCGUACGGAGAUGAUCUGUAUCUAUGAAAAUAGGGCGUAAGGCGAGACAAUGUCAGGCUGAUAUUACUGAAGCAAAGCAAGCAAAAUAACAAUCUUCUGAAACACAAUUUUACUAGAAACCUAAUAAUAAGAAGUAAUUAGAAACUUGAAAAAAGAAAACAUAUUAGCUUCACAAUAUUAGCCUGCGUUGUAAAUUCCUAUACUUGCUGACCAACCGUCCUUGCGAAACAAAAAAAAUAAUAUAUCCAAGAAAGAGAGAAAAGUAUUCGGAUAUUCCACAACCGGAAAUGGGGCUGUGGGUGGUCAAUCCGACCGCAGCCUUACUGUUGGCCAUAGUCGCCACACUUUUCCUCCUGGCUGAGGUGCCGCAAAUUGUGGUUGCAUCACAUGGAAAUUUUUCGGAUUUUCCAUUCAUUUAUCUGACACAUCCCCCGGAGAUCAUCAAGAAACCAGUGAACCAGGGAGUGCGAGUAGGCGGGGUGGCGACAUUUUUCUGUGCAGCUCGUGGAGAUCCUCAACCAACAGUUAUAUGGCGCAAAAAUAGCAAAAAGAUUAUGAUGACCCAGUCACGAUACACGGUGUACGACGCUAAUGGAGUUUCAAUGUUACGUAUCGAACCGGUGCGUGCUGGACGUGACGAUGCACCGUACGAAUGUGUGGCAGAAAAUGGCGUCGGUGAUGCAGUUUCGGCCGAGGCGACGCUGACCGUUUAUGAAGGAGACAAAACACCGGCUGGAUUCCCCGUCAUCAAACAAAUUCCCACAAUUCGUGUAAUUGAAACGGGUCAUACGGCCGUGAUGCAGUGCAAGGCAACUGGUUCACCACCGCCGAAGAUCUACUGGAUAAAAGACAUGAAGCGAGUCGAUAUGACUAAUCCACGCUACAGCAUCAACAGUGAAGGGAGUCUACAAAUUGACAACAGCGAAGAAAGUGACAUGGGCAAGUACGAGUGUGUUGCUGAAAAUUCGGUCGGAACCGAACACACAAAGCCGACGCCACUGUACGUGAAAGUACGGCGUGUUCCGCCAACAUUCUCGCGCCCACCAGAGCCCGUGUACGAAGUCAUGCUAGGGGCCAAUCUGACGCUCACCUGCGUAGCGGUCGGUUCGCCGAUGCCGACCGUCAAGUGGCGCAAGGGCGUUGAUCAGGAUUUAACGCCAGAAAAUGAUGUCCCCGUUGGUCGGAACGUGCUGGAGCUGACUGACAUACGAGUCAGUACUAAUUACACCUGCAUCGCUCGAUCGAACCUCGGUGUCAUCGAAGCUACCUCACUGGUCAAAGUUCAAUCAUUACCAGCUGCUCCUACGGAUGUAACAAUAUCGGAAGUAACGGCUACCCAGGUACGGCUCGAGUGGUCUUACAAGGGCCCAGAAGAUCUGCAGUACUACGUUAUACAGUAUAAGCCAAAGAACGCAAAUCAGGCGUUCAGUGAGAUUAGUGGCAUUAUUACGAUGUUCUAUGUAGUACGAACGCUGAGCCCGUACACCGAGUAUGAGUUCUAUGUUAUUGCAGUGAAUAAUAUCGGCCGAGGACCACCGUCACUACCGGCCACAACAACUACCGGAGAGACAGGCGAUUCCGUAUAUGGAGGUUCCAAAAUGGAAAGUGCUCCAAGAAACAUCGAAGUGAAGCCGUUAAGCUCGUCGACAAUGCUUAUUACGUGGGAACCACCUGAGACUCCUAAUGGACAAGUAACCGGAUACAAAGUGUAUUAUACUACAAAUCCAAAUCAACCCGAAGCAUCUUGGGAUUCACAGAUGGAAACCAACGACAUGACGACCAUUUCGGAAUUGACUCCGCAUGCUAUCUACACCAUACGGGUGCAAGCAUUUACCUCUAUGGGUGCCGGUCCCUUGUCCAAUCCGGUACAGGUCAAAGCUCAGCAAGGCGUUCCCUCGCAACCAAGCAACUUUCGGGCUACCGAUGUCGGCGAAACAGCUGUCACCCUGCAAUGGUCUCGGCCGACUCACUCGGGCGAGAACAUCGUACACUACGAGCUGUACUGGAAUGACACUUAUGCAAACGAGCAGCAUCAUCAACGAAUUCCAAACACGGAGACCUACACGCUGAGCAGCUUGUACCCGGACACACUCUACUACUUCUGGUUGUCGGCACGAUCCCAACGUGGUGAAGGUGCCACCACGCCUCCGAUUCCAGUACGAACUAAACAGUACGUACCCGGUGCACCGCCCCGUAAUGUAACUGUCGAAGCGACAAGUCCAACCACUAUCAACGUGUCCUGGCUGCCACCACCGGUCGAACGAUCGAAUGGGGCCAUAGUUUAUUAUAAGGUGUUCUUCGUCGAAACGGGACGAUCGGAUAGCGAGGCCACGGUAACCACCCUCAACUCGACUAGCAUCGUCCUGGACGAGCUAAAGCGUUGGACAGAGUACAAGAUUUGGGUCCUCGCCGGUACCUCCGUUGGUGACGGGCCCCGAUCGUACCCGUACACAGUACGCACUCAUGAAGACGUGCCUGGAGAUCCCCAAGACGUCAAGGCCAGUCCGGUCAAUUCGACCACUAUCUACGUGACGUGGAAACCUCCGAAAGAGAAAAACCGAAACGGCAUCAUCCGUGGCUAUCACAUACAUGUACAGGAGAUGAAAGAUGAGGGUAAGGGACUUUUGAACGAACCUAUGAAGUUUGACGUCGUAGAUGGUUUGGAGUAUAACGUGACGGGGCUACAACCGGACACCAAAUACUCGGUUCAAGUAGCCGCUCUUACACGCAAGGGUGACGGUGAUCGCAGUGCCCCAAUAUCGGUUAAAACACCGGGUGGUGUCCCAAUCAGACCGACUGUUACUCUGAAGAUUCUUGAGCGCGAUCCGACUGUUUCGAUCGAGCUUGAGUGGGAACGUCCGCGACAGACCUAUGGAGAACUGCGAGGCUAUCGCGUUCGCUGGGGCGUUCGUGAGCAGGCUCUCAACGAGGAGAUUCUGCAGGGAACGCAACUGAAUGUGAAACGAAUCAACGAUCUGGAGCGAGGAGUGGAAUACGAGUUCCGUGUUGCUGGAAUGAAUCACAUUGGCAUCGGCCAGGAAGCGGUAAAACAUCUGCAAACCCCGGAAGGCUCUCCGACUGGUCCACCAACAAACAUAGCCGUCCGCUUCCAGACACCGGACGUGGUGUGUAUUACCUGGGAACCUCCGACCAGAGAACAUCGAAAUGGACAAAUCACACGGUAUGAUGUUCAGUUUCACAAGAAAAUUGACCACGGUCUUGGCACCGAACGGAACACCACCGUCCGCAAGGCAGUGUUCACGAAUCUGGACGAAAGCACCGAAUACAUAGUACGAGUACGAGCGUACACCAAGCAAGGCGCCGGACCGUUCAGCGAAAAGCUCGUCAUUGCCACUGAACGUGACAUGGGCCGUGCUCCGCUCUCGGUACAAGCGGUCGCUACAUCCGAACAGACGGUAGAAGUUUGGUGGGAACCCGUUCCAUCGAGGGGAAAAUUGGUUGGAUACAAAAUUUUCUACACCAUGACCGCCGUGGAAGAUUUAGACGAAUGGCAAACGAAGGUGGUCGGUGUUACCGAAUCAGCCGAUCUGAUCAAUCUGGAAAAGUUUGCCCAGUACGCGGUAGCUAUAGCGGCGAUGUACAAAAAUGGGCUCGGAAAAUUGAGUGAGAAAGCGACUGUGAAGGUGAAACCGGAAGAUGUUCCGUUAAAUCUACGUGCGCACGAUGUUAGCACUCAUUCGAUGACGCUAAGCUGGGCUCCACCGAUCCGGCUGAAUCCCAUCAAUUACAAGAUUUCGUUCGAUGCUGUGAAAGAAUUCGUCGAUUCGCAAGGCAUUUCUCAGAAGCAAAUUUUACCGAGGAAAGAAAUAGUGCUUAAAAGUCACGUAAAGUCCCACACUAUUAGCGAAUUAUCACCCUUCACGACAUACUUUGUGAACGUCAGUGCCAUUCCUACCGACUAUACCUACAAACCGCCAGCAAAGAUAACUGUAACGACUCAAAUGGCAGCUCCGCAACCGAUGGUACAGCCAGAUUUUUACGGCGUGGUCAAUGGUGAAGAAAUACAGGUGAUAUUGCCACAAGCUUCGGAAGAAUAUGGACCUAUAUCUCACUAUUACCUGAUCGUGGUGCCGGAGGAUAAGGCCAAUCUGCACAAAAUACCAGAUCAGUUUCUCACUGAAGAGUUGCUUCCAUCGCGCCCGAAGCUCGAUCGGCUUAACGCGCCUUACAUCGCGGCCAUGUUUUUGCAACGGAACAUUCCAUACACGUUCCAUCUGGGCUCGGGUGAAACGAAUCAUAACUUCACAAACAAGAAGCUCGAACGGGGAAAGCGUUAUCGCAUUUUCGUGCGUGCCGUAGUUGAUACACCGCAGAAGCAUUUAUACACGUCGAGUCCCUUUUCGGAAUUCCUGGCGCUGGACAUGAAAGAAGCACCGACCGGGGAACCGCCACAUCGGCCCAAUCCGAACGUUCCUCAAGAUCCAGAAAUUUUAAUACGCGGCAAAAAUGAGGAACCCGGCAUGCUCUGGGUCGUUGGACCGAUAAUUGCCGCGUUGGUGCUUUCCGUAUGUUUCCUCGUGGUGUACUUCGUGCGCCGUCGUCGACAACCCUGCAAGGCACCGGAUCAAGCGGCCGUUACACGACCUUUAAUGGCGGCCGAUUUGGGUGCUGGACCCGCGCCAACCGACCCUGUGGACAUGCGCCGUAUCAACUUCCAAACUCCUGGCAUGAUAAGCCACCCACCGAUACCUAUCUCCGAGCUAACCAAUCAUGUCGAGCGACUGAAAGCUAACGAUAAUCUGAAAUUCUCGCAGGAAUAUGAAAGUAUUGAACCUGGUCAACAGUUUACCUGGGAUCACUCGAACAUGGAAGUUAACAAACCGAAAAACCGUUACGCAAACGUCACUUCGUACGAUCAUUCGCGAGUGAUCUUGCCGCCGAUCGAGGGUGUGCCGGGAUCGGAUUACAUCAAUGCGAACUACUGUGAUGGGUAUCGAAAGCAUAACGCGUACGUUGCCACGCAAGGGCCCCUGCAGGAAACGUUCGGUGACUUCUGGCGCAUGUGCUGGGAGCUCAAAUCUUCGACGAUCGUCAUGAUGACGCGGCUGGAAGAACGAUCGCGCAUCAAGUGCGACAUGUACUGGCCGGCCAGGGGCACCGAGGUGUACGGUGCCAUGACGGUGACAAUCACGGAAACUCAGGAACUGGCAACGUACUCCAUCCGAACGUUCCAGAUCUACCGCAACGGUAGCAACGAACGGCGCGAGAUCAAGCAACUGCAGUUUACGGCCUGGCCGGAUCACGGCGUGCCCGACCAUCCGGCACCAUUCUUACAGUUCUUGCGCCGCACUAAGUCGCUCACACCUUCGGAAUCGGGACCGAUAAUAGUGCACUGUUCCGCUGGUGUGGGCCGCACCGGUUGCUACAUCGUGAUCGAUUCCAUGCUAGAGCGCAUGAAGUACGAGAAAACGAUCGACAUCUAUGGGCACGUGACGUGUCUAAGGGCGCAACGCAACUACAUGGUGCAGACCGAGGAUCAGUACAUUUUCAUUCACGAUGCAUUGCUGGAAGCGGUCAUCUGCGGUAAUACGGAGGUACCGGCGCGUAGCUUACACAAUCACAUCCAAAAGCUGAUGCAAACGGAAUUAGGCGAAAACAUUACCGGAAUGGAGAUGGAAUUCAAGAAAUUGUCCAACGUUAAAGCAGAUUCGACACGGUUUGUCACGGCUAAUCUUCCGUGCAACAAGCACAAAAACCGUCUAGUUCACAUUCUACCGUACGAAUCUUCGCGCGUCUGUUUGACACCGAUCCGUGGAGUGGAAGGAAGCGAUUACAUUAAUGCCAGUUUGGUCGAUGGCUACCGAUAUCGAAACGCUUACAUCGCCGCCCAAGGACCUCUUCAAGAGACGGCAGAAGACUUUUGGCGAAUGCUUUGGGAACACAACUCAACGAUUGUGGUCAUGCUAACAAAAUUGAAAGAAAUGGGACGAGAAAAAUGCUUCCAAUACUGGCCUCACGAGCGUUCGGUGCGCUACCAGUGCUACGUGGUGGAUCCGAUCGCCGAAUACAACAUGCCGCAGUACAAACUGAGAGAAUUCAAGGUCACGGAUGCUCGGGACGGUUCCUCGCGUACGGUACGUCAGUUCCAGUUCAUCGACUGGCCGGAACAGGGUGUGCCAAAGUCGGGUGAAGGCUUUAUCGACUUCAUCGGCCAGGUGCACAAAACAAAGGAACAGUUCGGCCAGGACGGACCAAUUACGGUGCAUUGCAGUGCGGGCGUUGGCCGUACCGGCGUCUUUAUCACACUCAGCAUCGUACUCGAGCGGAUGCAGUACGAAGGUGUGCUGGACGUAUUCCAAACGGUGCGAAUACUUCGCUCCCAGCGGCCGGCCAUGGUUCAGACUGAGGAUCAAUAUCAGUUUUGCUAUCGUGCUGCGCUGGAGUACCUAGGUUCCUUUGAUCAUUAUGCGACCUAAAGACCUAAAAAGCCAUCUCCUUAUCACUGCGUCUGACACUGUCAGCACCUUUUGGCGCCGAUCACACGCCAGGCCCCGAUAACGAGGCGAGGUUGGUGUUUUAUUGUUCCAUCGCCAUAUUUUAUCAUACAUUGACGCGUAACUAGCAAUCAACCAACGACGGUUUACGAACAAUAGGGCGGCAGUACAAGCAUCAACAACCUUUUAUCUAGCCGUUUUGCUGAUUUUAUUUAGCCCCCGCCACAAAUCGCCAUUUUUCAAUCGAUAAUGACCCUGCAUAAACGCAUAGAAUGUGUAUAUCCUUUCGGAGAAAUUGUAAUUCAAUAAGGUUUAGAAAGAUUUUCAAAAUUUGAUUAUACUCAACUACUCUAGGAAAAUCCAUAGUGCACAGACAAGGAUGCAUCGCGUUCCUGAGAUAAGCAGUUUGAAAGCUACCUAGGCAAAUUUUCCAAAACAAAAACCAAAACACUAUUAUCUAAGAAAUUGUUCGAAACGGACUCACAUCAAUAUUGUGUCGAUUAAUCGAGACGCGAUUAGCAACCGGACGAAAUAUCACUUUCGCAAGUGUGCAAUUAAAAAUAGAACAUUUUUCAACAACAACCAAAAUUUCACACUAAAAUUAACCUAUAUAAAGCUAAACUUUUAACUAGCGAACCGAAGCACCCUUUUCGGUAAAAGUACUAAACACUCACACACUAACAUCACAAUCAUUACUGCCAUUUAGUGUACUGCUGAGAAGGUGUGAAGUAAGUGUUAGAAGACGACCAGUAAACCAAUUGUCAUCAAAUCCGUAAGGGUUUCACAUGCAGCUUUCAUGUUCCUUUGUUCCCCAGUGCAAACUGCUGCGAACAAUUACACAGAACGUCACAUUUCCCUUCAUAUCUACCAUGCUCGACGUAUUACGAUGUACUAAAAAUGUCAUCGACUUAUUAUGUACUGUUGCGGUGUACAGAGUAUUGCACUACAGCCAUGUUAUUGAAAUCUUGUUUAUAAAUCGAGGCUAGUUUCUUUGUCAAUCACAACCACAGACCUAACAGAGUGGCGCAUGAUGUUUGGUAACUGCUUCUUCUUGGCGUAACGACCUUCUAGGUCAUGCCUUUCUUGCUUACUUAAUUUUACUACGAAGCCGGCUAGUCAAUCCCGCAUAUGGGGUAAGCGGACCAAAUGGAAUUUGGUACCGGUUCUCUCAUACCGGAGAGUGGCACCGCUACCACAAGGCCGCCCAACCGAGCCGGAACGUUCGGGAUAUUGGCAAGAAUUUUCUAAUGCAAAUAGGCUAUACUGAGACUCGGCUUAGAAAAGGAUGCUAUUAGUGUAAGCUGCUACUUUGCUAGCGAUCAAAAUAAAACAUCAAACGGUCAGACUGAUAUUAUUAGCGUAUCACUAGAGGACAUGGAAGGUAUCAUAGGCGAGGCGAGUCACGAACACACCAGUUCAGGUGGCGGGAAACGCGCGGAGUACAGCUACUCGAAACUAUUCUAUAACAUUACAUUCUAAAAUCAAUACAAACACACACAAAGACAUAUAUAUUACACACGACGGAAGAAUGCCAAGGGUGAUUUGGUUGUCCCCGGAAACAGACAGUCAGUUGUUACUCAUUGCUGAACUUGGCGAAUGAAACAGGCUGCGGCUGAAGAAUGAAAUUAAACAGAACACGAUAAAAGUGAGCGAAACGGAGAAAAAAAAACAUAAUCGAAUACAACCCGAACAAGGACUUUAUUCAUAUACUGUCACCAAAACGGCUCAUCUCUGGAUGGGCAGAGUGUUGAUAUAUAAUGAACGUUAAUUCAAAGAGACUUGGCUAAUUGAUUUGACUUUUAAGCAUACACGCAUACUCAUUAGAUAACACACCGUAGAAUGAAACAACAAAAUUAAGUGUUUAAAGAUAGCGCGAAACGACCCUAGCAAAUAUAGUAGCGACGGAAACAGAAGGUGCAAGAUGGCUUUCGAUUGUGCAAAACAAAACCCGCGUGUAAGAUCGAUUCGUCGAAUGGAAGCAGCAUGAAUGGAUGAGAACUGUACGAAGAAAUUCACAUUAUCAGCGAACGUGUACGAGAUGACGGUUGAAUGAUGGGUUUGCGAAAGAUACCUUGCAAAUAUUCCACUAUCUGCUAGAUGUAGCGUUAGAGGAAUGCAUCGCGCAAAAAAAGUAAAAUUAUCAACAAAAGCUGUAAACGUAAACUCAGCGAGAUCGUAAAAUGUGACAUAGAAUCAGCAGGUAGAACCACAAGCGCUACCCUUGUUGAGGUCCUAUUUAAACAGAUACCUAUAGGAAUGUUACUUUACCUAAACAAGCUAGCCAUCGUAGUUAUGUACGGCGUACUGCAGCAGCUUCCGACUGCUUCGCAUAAUGGAUUUGCCGAACGUUUAUACGGUACAGCCGCGCGUAUACAAUUGCACUCUUCUACUUCUACUUAAGGUCGAAUAGUUUGGUGAUUUGAUUUUUGUACGAUCGCAUACACGGGGUCGCUUUGAAAAAUACGUUCCGGUUCUCUAUCUCUCUCUGCACACGAUACUCGAUAUGUACUGGACAUAGUGCGUCGUUCGUAGUUUCCUUUUGUGUUGCGUUCUUCAACGCACGGGUUAUGUUGUGUUAAUUUAAGGUAGUAUUUUGAUGUGAUAUGUGCGUACUUUAGCGGUGUUGUUGCGUAUAAUAUGGCACAAUUUUGCGUAGAAUUUAUAUCCACAUACAUUUAACAAGCAUCACCAGCGCAACGCGAAAAAGAGAAGGGAUAAAUACGUGCACGCAUGGUAUGGUCCAUUAGAACUACUGCACCUUACAAUAUUGGGCGUUUAUUUUACAUGCAUACAAGAACAUAUAUUUAGUAGCUAUUAUACGAGCAUUAGUUUGUAUUGUACCAUAUCAUAUCGGAAUGAUUAGCGACUGAAACGACACAUUGAUUGCCUCCUCAUACAGCACAUCUUGCGCCUCGUCAUACACGUUCGUAUUUCCAUUUCACAUGAGUCGUAGAGAACCUUGGUCUGAACUUGGGGCUACGUUUCCUUCCAGUCUCUCAAGAUCUAACUAAUGCAGUCUUUUGCCACUGCGAAGGCGAUUGGUGCCCUUUUAUUUUACUUCUUUAUCUUGCCAACAAUCGAUCACAACGAUCUAGAUUAACGAACAAGGUACUGUUCCUUUUAUGUCCAUCAACACACAUCGUCCAGAUUAGGCAUUUGAACUAAGUUGUAAGUUUAAUGAAAUAAGCGCAUUUUAUUCUUCUCAAGCCGUAAUUCCUCACUGCCCAUUUCUGAGCAACUAAGAUAUUAUAAAUAGUACGUCAAAAUUACUAUUUGUUGUUAUAAAGUCCUUACACAACAAACACACACACACACACACAAAAUUAAUCAGCAGCAUAUAUGUUAGGAUGUCUUUUAUAAAUUUUAUUGUUUUCAACAAAAACCAAAAUAGUUCAACGACGUAGAACGGUUCUCGAAUAUAUGUUUUACCAAAACAAAAUCAUCAGUAAAUUGUUACACCCUUACCCCAUAUUAUUGCUACUUAAACAUGCGUGUAAUAUCUGCACCGCCUUUAAAACAAAAUGGCGCCAAAACCAAACAACCAUAAAGAAAGAGCCAUUCAACGAAGCGGAUAUUAUUUAGUAACAAGAUUUGAUUCCACACACAUACACACUCGACAGUAUAUGUUUUACGUACAUAUGUGCAUUCCAUUUACAAUUGUCGUGCUAAGGCUAAGCGGCAGGGCUUCAGCUGGCUUGGAACAGACUUGGAAAAGUGCUCGAGCUAGUGUUUUAGUUAUAAACAACCGUUUUCCAAUGCCUUGAGAGAAAGCAAAUUUAUCUCGCAAGUAAGUUUAUUUCAAAAUAGCGGAUACCAGCAAACCAUGUGCACUAGACUGCAACAUUAACAAUAGCAAACACACAUACACACUACCAACCAUCCUUCAAACAAUAGAGAGAAUGUAGAAUUUUGUACAAAGGGAUAGGAAGAAAACUGCUGAUGGAACAAAACUUUAAGCAACAGAUAGACAAAACAGGCAAAACACACAAUUUCGACUAAUUGUUAUGUAUGUUACGUUGAUAUCAACCAUCGCCACCAACACAUCAGUUUCGGAUGCACGA